AUGACAGCCUACUCAAACCACACUAACCUUAGAGACAUCUGGUACACAAUGAUUGGGAUACCAGGCCUUGAAAAUGCACACACGUGGAUUUCCAUCCCCAUCUGUUCCAUGUAUAUAGUUGGUGUUGUAGGCAAUAGUCUCUUAGUAUACCUGGUCUUCACUGAGCGAAGUCUUCAUGAACCUAUGUACCUUUUCCUCUCCAUGCUGGCAUUGGCAGAUAUCUCUCUCUCCACAGUCACCACACCUAAGAUGCUAGCGAUCUUCUGGUUCCAAGAAGGGGUUAUUUCUUUUGGUAGCUGUGUAUCUCAGAUGUUUUUUCUCCACUUCAUCUUUGUAGCAGAGUCUGCCAUAUUACUGGCUAUGGCAUUUGACCGCUAUGUAGCCAUCUGCUACCCACUCAGGUAUACUACCAUUCUAACUCCUUCAGUCAUUGGAAAAAUGGGUAUUGCAGCAGUGACUAGAAGUUUCUUCAUCUGCUUCCCCUUGAUUUUUCUGGUUUAUCGUCUUACCUACUGUGGAAAGAACAUUAUUCGUCAUUCAUACUGUGAGCAUAUGGGCAUUGCCAGACUAGCCUGUGAUAGCAUCAAAGUCAACAUCUACUAUGGAGUGAUUGCAGCCCUGUUGUCCACAUGCUUGGAUGUGCUAACUAUUAUCAUAUCCUAUGGCCUUAUACUCUAUACUGUGUUUAGAAUUCCUUCCAGAGAUGCUCGGCUCAAAGCUCUGGGAACUUGUGGCUCCCAUGUCUGUGUCAUACUACUGUUCUAUACUCCCGCCUUUUUUUCAUUCUUUGCUCACCGAUUUGGAGGUCACAGCAUACCACUACAUGUACACAUCCUCCUCGCUAAUCUGUAUGUGGUAGUACCACCCUGUCUCAAUCCCAUUAUUUAUGGAGUUAAAACUAAACAAAUCCAGGAUAAAGUUAUCCAGGUCUUUUCUUUGAACAAGAGAUUUUGCUGA